AUGGUGGUGUUUGAGAUGACAGAUCUUGGGUUAAUGACGUUCUUUCUUGGAAUGGAAAUUAAACAAGGAGAACAUGAAGUCUUUGUCUGCCAAAAGAAGUAUGCCAAGGAGAUUUUAAAGAAGUUUAAACUUGAAGAAUGCAAAGAAAUGAACACUCCGAUGAAUCAAAAGGAAAGGCUUUGCAAGGAAGAUGGAACCGAGAAGAUAGAUCAAGCACACUUCAAAAGCAUGAUUGGAUGUUUGUUGUACCUUUCAGCAACUCAGCCUGACAUCCUAAAUGGUGUAAGCAUUUUGUCUCGAUUUAUGCAUUGUGCAAGUGAAAUGCAUCUCAAGGUUGCAAAAAGAGUGAUUAGAUAUGUUAAAGGAACUUGCAAUUUUGGCAUCAAGUACAAGAAAACUGAAAAGUUCAAGCUUAUAGGCUUCUCUGACAGUGACUGGGGUGGUUCAAUUGAUGAUAUGAGAAGUACUUCAGGGUACAGUUUCAGCUUUGGAUCAGGUGUCUUCUCAUGGAGCUCGAAAAAACAAGAGAAUGUUGCUUAA